GAACGACGUAAAGGAAUAAACAGCAGUAUUAAGAAGGAUUUUCCAUCGUGGUAGAGCUGAAUAAAGCACGGUUGAUUCAAUAAAAUGGACCCCUGGCAAGCUCAAACGCAAUCGUGAUGGAUUGGAAGGAGCGACUACGGAAGGUAAACCUGCGGAGGAAAGGUGUGCUAGAAAAAGACGAGCACGAACCUCAUGCAGGCAGAAGAGUCAGGCCGAAAACGGUAGCUUCUCGUGCGAGAACAGAAAUCCGAGAUGAUGCAAGUGACUCCGUGCAGCGAAGCACGGACAAAGUCAUAGCGCCGGCGACAGUGGCUGGACCGAAGGAUGGAAAAGUCGAAGAAGUAUCUGAAGAGGUAGCUGAGCCAAAAGGGAAACAAGGAUAUGGCUCUGACAAGUAUGCCAUGGACUUCAUUAGGAAAAAGCAUCCGGAUGUCGACGAGUGGAAAAAAGAAGCUAGGGACGAAGUGGUACGGCAAGUCAUAGGACUGUCAAAGCAGAAGAAGAUGGAGCCAGGACCAGCAUUUGACAGAGAGAUGGUGAAAACGGCCCACAGAGGAAGACCAGAGACGUGGGAUCCCAACGGAGUCAAGUAUACACCAGGAAUGUUCCGGAACAUAGAAAUAGACAACCACAUCAUUCAGAAACAAAUAGAGGCACUGAAAGCAGGAGUGACUGGUAAAAAUCCCAAAGAAGGGGAAAGUAAAAAAAAUUAAGCACAUGGAUCUCUGCGAAUGUAGGUCAUUAGUAAUGAAAAGAAGAACGGAUAAAUAAGCGUGUGUGUGAAAGACGGUUCGACAGGAAGAGAGGGAGUAUCAACGUGCGGGUGGC